AUGAAGCGGCCGGUUCGAAUUGGUGGCGCGUCAGGUUCAGCGAUUGACCGGCGAAUCGGCUUUGCUCAGCUCGCUGCUGGGCACCCCGAUGACCCUGUCGACGUUAUAAUUGGGGACUUUAUGUCAGAGGGAAAUAUGACCAGUUUAGCCGGCAAGAAGAUGUCGGGUCAGGAUGUCCCUUCCUACGAAGCGGCUUUCGUGGAGGCUUUGAAACUCGGUUUGGAUGACAUAGCUAGGAAUGGGAUAAAGGUUGUCGUGAACGCUGGCGGGACAGAUACUCACGGCCUUUACAAAGUUAUUGCGGAAAUCCUCAAACAGCGCAAUCUUUCUUUGCAAGUUGCUUGGAUUUCUGGCGACGAGGUACUUCCCAUUGUCCUCGAGCGCUCCCAUCAGGAGCCAGACGCAUUCAUCAAUCAUCAUACCGGCGAAGCUUUCGCAUCCUGGCCAUACAAACCAAUCUUUGCACAAUGCUACCUUGGUGGAAUGGGAAUUGCGGCCGCUUUGAAGCAUGGGGCCGACAUUGUCGUUUGUGGGCGCGUCGCCGAUGCGUCACCAGUCAUUGGAGCUGCAGCAUGGUGGCACGAUUGGGAUCCGUCGAAUUUUGAGCAACUUGCUUGUUCCUUGAUUGCAGGGCAUCUUAUCGAGUGUUCCACUUACGUGACCGGCGGGAACUUCACCGGCUUCAAGAAACUCGAGAAAGGUGGACGGUGGCUCAAUCUUGGCUACCCCAUAGCUGAGAUUGGGGCAAAUGGUCAGGUCAUCAUCACAAAACGGAAAGGCACCGGCGGGCUGGUCAGCGUUGCUACAUGCACGUCGCAAUUGCUGUACGAGAUCCAAGGGCCAUGGUAUUUCAACUCAGAUGUUACCGCCAUAAUUGAUAACAUUUCCUUCACGCAAGUGGCCAAGAACCGUGUUGCAGUCACUGGAGUCCAAUCCGCCCCUCCCCCACCUACAACGAAAGUUGGGAUCACUGGUCGCGGCGGUUUCCAGGCCGAGUCUAACUAUUACAUCGUUGGUUUGGAUGCUCAGACGAAAGCACGAAUGUUUGAACAACAAGCGCGCAGUCUUUUUGCCGACCCAGCAAUUAACAGUCUCAACAAGUUCACCCUCCUGGACUUCCAAUUGCUCGGCGUCCCCGCGCGAAAUCCUGCCACUCAGACUGCAGCAACGGCCACGUUACGCGUCGUUGCGCAGGCCAAGGAGGCCAAAGAUCUUGCCCCUUCCAAGUUCAUUCGCCCUAUGAUGGACCUGAUUAUGGGUGCGUAUCCCGGUGGGACGGUGCAUAUGGACGGGCGAUUGGGUUUACCGAAGCCGAUUCACGAAUACUUCGUGACGAGGAUGGACCAGAGGGACAUGUUCCCGCCCCGGCGCAAACACAAACAUUUCCGCGGCAACAACCGUCCACACCGUGUUUCGUCUCCAGCACCCCCAAGGGGUACCAAGAAGGUCGCUCUCGACGUGGAUUUCCGCCCCUCCAUCCGGGCUCCACUCGGCUCAAUCGUACAUGCUCGAUCUGGCGACAAAGGAUCCGAUGCCAAUGUCGGCUUCUUUGUCGAAGACCGAGACCAAUACGAGUGGCUGAGGCGAUUGCUCAGUAUCGAGAAGAUGAUUGAACUUUUGGGCGAUGACUAUAAUGGCCAGCAUAUUGAUCGCUUCGAAUUGCCCAACAUCCUUGCCAUCCACUUUCUCCUCCAUGACUAUCUUGAUCGUGGGGUCAGUUGUACCAGUACCGUUGACUUUCUAGGCAAAAACGUUGCUGAAUUCUUGCGAGCGAGGGAGGUUGAUGUGCCGAAGAGGUUCUUGAUUGGAAGAAAAGUGUUAGGAAAAUUGUAA